UAUCGCACUGUCUGUGCGUCGCCCAACUAGACAAUCUUAUAGAGCAUUCGCCGUGAAAAAAAGUGCAAUCGUGAUCGAGGUAAGAAAUACGUGUCUAUGCAUUCAUUCAUAAUUUAGCUCUCUCAAACAAAAUACAUGCAUGUACGUCCAUUUGUAAACAAAAAUUGUUAUGGCAUAGGAGUCUAGAUUAGUCAUAUUCUAAUUGGUAUGCAGUACUACUCGAUACAUGGCAAAUUCGAUGUACGACUGGCAUGCUACCAGACGAAUUAAAUUCCUAGAAGGCAAGAAAACGUAUCUAUAUAGAAAUGUAGCUUAACAUUCUACACUUAGUGUUUAUCUAAAGAAUACUAUGUGCAUUUCUAAUGUUGUCGUACUAAAGUAAACAUAUCAGGGGAGAAGGACACCUCUUGGAACCAGUUUUGGCUUUCUUUUGCUUAUCAUACCACCAUUAUUGGUUUCUUUAAUUGUUCAAAGGGUAUACAGAGAUACUCCGCAUUUCGCAAACAAAGGCACAGAAUGUUUUCUGUUGACGGAAUGAAAACGAAUCUCACCUUAGCCUAGACAAGAAAGAGCUUAUUGAGCAUUAUAAGCGAACACUGUUUCUCCAAGUUUAAUGGCAACAGAAAAGUACAGUCUUUAUGAAUAAUUGCCCUAACACAAUUUCACUUCGCUUCCUUUAUUUUAUUUACGUACAUUGAAGCAGUUACACAUUUUACUUGUGGAAAAGAAAGAGAUUCGUCCAUUCACUGAGUCGACUACCAGGAUUUCCGUUAUUUAGAACUGCUAGCCUUGGUAACAGACAUUAAACUGCAACAAUUAAUUGCUGUCUCCAAACGAAAACGAAGAUUUGGGGUCACUGGUAAAUAAUGUGAAACUACACUGAUUUUUUGCUGUAUAGUUAAAAUAGCAGCCCAGAAGCUAGAGGUACACUUCUAAGAUUAAGGUGAUGGACUCCAGCACUAUAAUACAUGUUCAGAUUUCUUUGAGAACAAUGAUUAAUUGCUAUCGGAUUUCUGAGAAUUCAUACGGCGUUAACUCGAUUACCAAUAGCAUUUACACUUUUGGAAGCGAUCAAUAAGCAUACCGGUGAACAAAGAAACUGGACAAAGUGAAGACGGCGUUCAAAGUUUAGCGCCGGGGUUCUCUACAAAUACGUACGUGUGAAAGGAAGAAAUCUACAGUGUAGCAGAAGUCUCCAUUCUGCGUGCAAGGUCCCCUCUGAAUUUUGUAAGCGAACAAACAUUUUAUUGAUUUGUAUUUAUUUUCUCUCUGUGCAUUAUCUCUCUUUGCCUUAUAACUACACGAAUAGGGAAGCAUCAUUUGAGAGUAUCAUAUCUUCUACAAAUUCUUGAAAUUAUAAAACGAAACCGAAAGUCUUGUUGCAUCAUUUGUUAUGUCUCUUUUGAGCUCUCCCGGCUUUCCGCCAAGUGGAUCGUAAAUUUCCUAGAAUACGAAAACUCAAUGAGAUCUUGUUUCGUUUUUUGCUAGCAGUAGCCAUCACUAUAACUUAAAUAAAUCGAAUCAUAAGGACUUACCCGCACAAGACAAAAAUUAAUGUCGAUGUGAACAAACAUCGAUGAAAUGCGGUUUUAAUUUGUGAGGGCACUCUUUAUGUCAUUCCUCAGUAGCAGGAUUCCGAGAAGACUGAAGAAGGAUUCAGUGGAACAGGUCAAUUAACAAGUUUCCUUGAGACGUUGUUAUAGUUGUUUUUGUUUGUUCUUUUUUUUUUUUUGGUCUGCUUUUUGUAUUCUUUACAUAGUAAUCCAUACCCCUGAUAUACUUUGCCAAAAGACGAAAUAAUCUUCGAAAAGAAAACAUGUUGAUCAACGCUUGAUUGGAAAACACCUGGCCCUCGCUCUAUCCGCAGGCAACGGAGACAAUCGUCGAGAGGAAGGCUAUAUGCAUGUUCUAGCUUCAUUAAUGAACAUUGGAGUUGUAUUUUUUUUUCUCCUUCUUACAAGAAGAUAAUUAGAAAUAUUGUGUUGAUAUAAAAGCAUAUAAUCGUGAUUCAAAAUAGGUAUCGGACUUUACUCGGCUAAAUUCCUUUCUCUGACCCGGCGGCUCUUUUUGCCGCUGAUGACGGAUGUAGGCAUUGCCUUACACUGGGAUGUCGCUCAUUACGUGCUCUAUGCUUGACCUGGUCAAAGAAAGCUACCUCAUAAUCUUGAAAAUAAGCCCUGGGGAUUAUAUUUUUCAAAGGCCCUUUUUGAGGGGCUUAUUUUUGGAGGGGUUUAUAUACCGAGGGAAGUUUCCGUUACAACAGCAACAAAAAAUACAAAAGUUGAAUAGUUUGUCCCUCAAAUAGCUGGAAAGCUAGUCGUGGCGGGGCAAGACCAGUACAUCAAUAACACAAUUAUCUAGUAAAAACAAAAACCUUAAACUAUUAGAAAGCCUUGCAGAUUGCAACUGAAAAUAAAUAAAACACAGAAGUUUUAACACAUUGCUUACUGACGUACAAUGAUAACACAGAAAAAGAAAAACAGACAUUAAAACCUUUAGCAAGUGUAUCUAUGUACCUACUUUUUGAAUAAUCAUGUAUGGGAUUUGAAUAUAGUCGUCUUCCUUUUCAAGGAUAUCAAAUAGCAAUUUGCGGAGAAUCUUUUGCGUGGUAUCUUAUUCCACAGCUUUACUCCAAGCCGAGAGAAAGAAUUGUUUUGUAUUUGUAGUCUAGAACUUUUAAGAUAGAAAUGACUUCCAGACUUAGACGAUCGUGUAUUGUGUGAGUGAAUAUUAGAGGUUUUCUGAAAGAAUGUUGCUGGGGCUUUAUCAUUAUUGAUAUCGUGCAUUAAGGUUGAUACAGACUCAUAAUAAAGAAAAGUAAUUGGAAGCACGUUCGCUUCGAGAAAUAGUCAGUCUGCGAAGUACACAAACGAAGAGGUUUUUUCUAAAGAAUUAGAAUUUUAUUAAGAUGCGUCCAGCAUGCCUGACCCCAGGCAGCAAGACCAUAGGUUAAAUAAAGAUGAAUUAGUGACUUAUAGAUAUUCAGUAGUAUUGGUCGAGGUACAGAGUGGCGUAGCUUUGCAAUUAGCUCAACAUUUUUACUAAUUUUUGUAGCAAUAAUAGAAUCAAUGUGGUAUUUCCAAGAGAGAUUCUGAUCAAUAAGAACGCCCAGGUAUUUUAUGUAGUCUAUGUAAAUUUUAGACUCGAGAUGAACAUAGAGAAUACUUCAUGGAAAGUGCUGGCGUACGGUAUUUACGCACAAGUUGUGACGUAUCAGAAAUCGAACGAGUGAGCGCAGCGAACGAGUAAGAUUUCUGAUACAAAAACAACGAGUGCGUAAAUACCGUAUAAAGCACUUUCCAUGUGGUAUUGUGUUUAUUAUAUACAUACUGAGACAUUCAUCAUUUUGGCUGCCUUUUUAUUUUAAAUCUUUCAAAAAUGCUAAAAUCUGCCGCUGCACACUUACCGCAAAAUGACAACGAAAACGAAGUAUCAGCUUUUUAGUAAAAAGUGUUUGUUAAAAACAUAAAUGACGGUAAGGAUAUGAGGUAAUCCAAGAACUAUAAGUAAUCUUAACUGUUUGUUCUCAAUGCACAAUUGAAAAUGAGUGAAUUUAAGUAAAAUGGCCGGUUUCAAUAUAGGCUUAAGCUUAAAUGAAAGGCAAAGUAGCUCCGACAAAAAGCACAACAAAAGCUUACGUCUCGUUCUGUUUAUCCCUUUCCGCUGUUGUUUCGCCGGCUCUCUACCGUUUUCUUUAUCGACAGUGAAACAAACGAAACUAUUUCACUCCAUUUCCGAAACGUUUUUCACUUUUUUAGCAAGAAAAACUCUUUGAGUAAAACUUUUCUCGUUGAAUGUGUGCGAAGCGGCGCUGCAAGCUGCAAUAAAAAGCCGGGAAUUUUGGCGUGAAACUCACACACUUCUGUGGCUUCUGAUUGGACGUAUCAUUUUUUCUCACACGUGAAAAAACAUCGUUCGCGAUUCUGAUUGGGCGUAUCAUUUUUUUCACGUGUGAAAACCAUCGUUCGCUCCUCUGAUUGGCUAGAACUAAUUUGCGUACGAAAAUUUACGACAUAGCUUUUUGGUGAGUAUUUCUCAGUAUGUAUAUAAUAAAUAUUUAUUCUCUUCAUUAACAAACAUGCGAAGUUUUCGUUGGUAAGCAAGUCGCUUUUGGUAAUGAUGGAAAAUUACAAAGUUGGUUUUAUUACAAAAUCGGCUUGGCUUAUACUUGGAGGGAAAUAAUCUCAAAAUCGAUUGGGCUAGCUUAUAGUUGGAAAGGAAUUUAUGUCAGUGUUUUGCACGAAGUUUUCAUUAAAACACGCCGUGAGAACGCAGAUCUUCCCUAUGCUAAAAGAUGAAACAGUUCAUUCUAUUGUCGAAAAGAUAACAAUGAGGUGAAAAGCGAGGAUCACCUGAAGGAGUUUGGUGCAGUCAGGGACACCCAAAAUAACUAAAAUGCUAAACUACAAUAGUUGGGUGACCGGCGUAAUUACGAUAAUUAAAAUUGUGAAAAUCAGGAAAGAAGCUCAGCAAAUACAUUGGUAGUCAUAAAUGCCAUAAACAAGGUACAAAAGUAAAUAUACAGAACAAAACAAAACAAACUAAAUAAAAAAAUCAAAAUGUCAGUAUAAUAGGAUAAAGAACACUCGUCCGACGAAAACAGGAACUUUGAGAAUUUCGCACUCAAGUUCAUCUCAUAGUCUCAUUGGCGAGAGGGCAAAAAGGCGGCGAAGCUUCGAGAUCCCAAAGCUUCACCGGGAGCUUCAAAUACAAACAUGAGAGAAAUAGAGUACUAAGGCAAGUUACUUACUGGCACAAGGCUUGGUGAGUUGGCCCAGAGUUUUUGCUUUCGUUUGUAUCAGUAUCAUUAAAUUUGUGCGUGAUCGAGUGUUAUGCUUCUCCUAACUUCUGUGUCUCCGCCAAUUCAACAAGCACGAUUGACAACAAUAGCAUUAGCGAGUUUCGAUAAACUUUGAAAGUUCACAGCUAGCUUUAACAAGCAUACCUUUUUAUGUAAACAACCUGUAUGUUAAUAAAAGAAACACUGUAAAGUGAGGGGAUAAAGUAAAGUAUAUAAAGUAUAUGCAGGGUUUUAACUAUUCUAAGGUCAAUUUUUGAGCUUCGAGAUGAAUCGCUUGAAAAAAGUGAGUUCGUUAUUGUCGCCAACGACAAUAAUUUUUGGAUUUUCCAGUUAGGUCAAAUUAAUCGCACUAUAUUUUGGAGAGCAGAGGGAUUGGGGAAGGGGUGCGUGAAAAUAACGCUUAUUGUUUCCUGCUUAGAAUGGCUCACUUGCUUUUUUUUUUAUUCACAAUGGUGAAAUUUGAAAAGGUAAAUGUACAGCCCCGACUUAAAAAUAGUACUCAUUUUUCUUGUUACGAAAGUCUUCCAAAAGGGUACAAUGUUCAAAUGAGUAACUGUUUAAGUCUCACAUGAGAUGCUACGUCACGCAGUGGUCAGCGACAAGCUUGGUGGCCUAAGUGUGCAGCCAACCCCUUCUCCCAGAAAAAUUGGCAGCCCAUUGAAAUUCGCCUUUUGGCGAUUCUUGUUUCUGUAGUCGAUGGAAAAUAACCUGUGGGUAUUCUUUAAACUUUUCGAGGUCGCAAAUUACAAACGAACUAAUUCCUUUUUUAGAGGUUGAAGAAAGAUAAAAAUUAAAAGAAAUGAAUCUUGAAACGUAUAAAUAUUUUCAUCUUGUGGCACAAUGUGUUUUCGUGUCAACCAUAAAUUAUAGCUAAUCGUCUAUUGAUCAUCUCUAUCAGUUUCGGUUGAAUAAGGCCCGUUUAUCUUGAUGGGUAUUAUAGUGGGUUGUUUUCUCUUAAAAGCUGUUCGCUGCCUGUUCUGGUUAACUUUUCGUUUUCAUGCAGUACAAUAAUUCUGUAUAGUCUAGGUUGUUGUUACUACCGCUGCGCACGUAUUCCUUGCCUGCAAUGUAACCACGUGUUUUGAAACCAGAGAUUCCUUGUAAGUUUGUCAUUUUGGAAGCGUCUGCUUAUAAUUGUGGAACUUAAAACAGUCGGUAACUUUUCUUGCAUUUCGGACAUUUCUUUUUGAACCUUUGAACAUUGAACUCAUAUUGAGCAUACAUUUUGCUUUUAGAAAACUCUUGCACAGGAUAUACGGUAUCGAAUCUUGAAUUUCAUUGUAAAUUGGACUUGACACAGUUGAUUUGCAUCUGGAUCUAUAGAAACGUGAAAUGUUUGUUCUUUAUGGAAUAAAGACACAGUUUUUACACACGGAGUUCGAGUGAUCUAUAAAUUUGUGUUGCUUAUAAUAAAAUAACUAACCUAGUACGCCGGCUCUGAUUGGCUGGGAGGUGUUUUCCCUCCUCCACACAUGUCCAAUGUACACAAACGGAUACGAUUCGUCAAACCGAUGGUCCAUUGGUACCAAUGGUACGAUUGGUACCAAUACAAAAUCAUGUAAUUCCAAUGGUUCUAUUGGUGAAUAUGCAUCUCAUAAAGGGGACUUAAUUUAUUUUCCCAUGUGACCUGGCUGGGUACAGGGCAAUUCCGAUGGUCCAUUGGUACCAAUGGUACGAUUGGUACCAAUAGAAAAUGAUGUCAUUCCAAUGGUUCUAUUGGUGAAUAAAGCGAGGUCGAAAUACAAACAUGCCAUGUGUAUUCUUCGUUUUAUAAGCCAUCUAUGCAAAACAAGUUCGCUUUUACACCAAGUAAAAACGCGCUAAUAGUUAUUUUGAAUAUUCCUCGUUCUAUAAGCUAACCACGCAAAACAAUUUUGCUCUCACACAAAGUAGAAACGAGCUAAUAGUUAUUAUGAAUAUUCCUUGUUCUGUAAGCUAACCACGCAAAACAAUUUCGCUCUCACUCAAAGUAGAAACGCGCUAAUGGUUAUUAUGAAUAUUCCUCGUUCUAUAAGCCAUCUAUGCAAAACAAUUUCGCUCUCACACAAGGUAGAAGCGCCCUAAUAGUUAUUAUGAAUAUUCCUCGUUCUGUAAGCUAACCACGCAAAACAAUUUCCCUCUCACUCAAAGUAGAAACGCGCUUAUAGUUAUUAUGAAUAUUCCUCGUUCUAUAAGCUAUCUAUGCAAAACAAUCUCGCUCUCACACAAGGUAGAAACGCGCUAAUAGUUAUUAUGAAUAUUUCUCGUUCUGUAAGCUAACCACGCAAGACAAUUUCGCUCUCACUCAAAGUAGAAACGGGCUAAUAGUUAUUAUGAAUAUUCCUCGUUCUAUACGCCAUCUAUGCAAAACAAUUUCGCUCUCACACGAGGUAGAAACGCAGUCUAUUUGUGAGUAUUGGACAACCCUCGUUUUUCCAAGAGAGUAUGUAAGGACAUUUGUGACGUCACGAUGUUCUGCACUCGCUAGAUUUGUGCUUAAAACUCGACAAGUUUUCUUUAUUACCGUCGGAUAAUACCGAACAUCCCUCUGGACUUCGAACGAGGUGCCAGGUUUUUUUGGGCUUCCAUCGUCUUAACUUGUUCGACAUCGAAUGAUUGAUGACGAAAGUUAAACGGGCUAUUAUUUCUGGUAAUAGAAAGUAGCCCUCACUUAGCCUGUGUCACAGUCGUAAUCUAACCCCGUUUAGCAAAGUCUGGGAAGCUGUGCCGAUAUCCUUGUUCUGGUCCCCCAAGGGAAUAACUGGAAAUGCGUUUCGAAUUUCCCUUCAAGUUGAUUGGCAGAUUAACAAUGCGUUUUUUAAAAGGCCAAUCAGAGGCCAGUUGAGGUCCCAGAACAAGGGUUUCGGCGCUGUUUCGCAGAUUGACUUAACCAGAAGUUUAGUUCCGUCUGUGGCCCAGGCUACUCGCUCUCGGAUGAGAGGAUUGAUUAAGAUCGAUUUUCCACAGAUCACACCACUGACGAAUGUGGUCAUGGUCACCUUUUUUUGAUUGCCCGGAAGCACUUGGUGUCACCGGCAAAGAAAGCAACAGAUGUUGGGAUAAAGCAUUGGCUUAUUAGAAAGUCUCCUCGAGCAACUUGCGCCCUCCAAUCUUCCCGCUCUCGUCCACAACUCCAUAUACACACGCUAAGUACGAACCCCUUUUUUACAAGAUAGUUUAACAAAAACAUUUGUUUUUGAUAAACUGCAAAAUUCUCUCAACGUGCGGCACAGAAGAAAAAACGCUUCUAUUGGUUGGUUUCAAACCCGCCACAAUGCAAUCGUCUAGUUUGACAGAAAAUGCUUCCUCUCAAUCUGUUAACGAUAAAUGGGACCUAAUUCAGCAGAACUAAAGGCAUACAUGUAAAGUUAAGAUACUUAAUUGUUCGUAAGAAUGCGUGUAGUAUGGUUUGAGUCAUUUACACGAUUUGUAUGUUUUUGCUUAGCGAAAUCCAGAAAACUUGUUGUUCAGCGAGGACGACUGUCAUCUUGGGUUAUAUUCUUUUGCGAACAAUGGAGGAAGUCUUACAUGUACUGGACAUAAAGGCUUCUUAAAAUUACAUAAUUUUUCACCAUAACCGAAUAAUUAACUUGUUGUUUUCAAAAGGAUGAACUAACAAACGAAAAAAAUGGAGGACACUCAAUAAUCUUCGAUACCAAUUUGAGGUUGAAUGUCAGUCUUUGCGCCAGACUUUUUUAUCACUAAUUUUCACUUUUGCUGUUAGUUUGAGUGGCUAGUGGUAAAAGAAUUUGUUUUAAUUGUACUAUUUUUCUAUAAUUUUAACUUUUGGUAGACAGCUUUAUUGAAAAUAGGUGUUAAUUUUUUUAAAAAAUUCUGUGCUAAAUAAGGUAUCUAUCUAUUUGUGUAUCUGUACAUUCAUUCACGUCCUUAUUCCAAUGUUCUAAAGCCUUAACUUGUUUCAGUCUCAGUUUUCUCUAUUAAUAAAACAAUUAAGCUAUUACUCCAACUGAUUAAAACCAACAUUUCAUUUUCAAUGAAGAUUCCCAAUAUGGCAAAGAUGAGCCCUGACGAUGAAGUAAUUAACGGACUUGGUGCUAAAGCUAUUGAUAUCACAAAAGAAUGGGUGAAGAACCUCCGUAAGAGAGUUUCGUCCCUCCAGGAACUUACGAGGCUGAGCUUGCAAGAGCUGGAAGACUGCUGCAGUGGAGCCGAUGAAAGAGAAAUGAAGAAGGUUUAUCAACUUGUAGAGGAAGCAGAAUCAACCAAGAAUCUACUCGCUGCCAUACCAAAUGACGACGAACUUAUUCAACAAGCCAUGGAAACAAAAGCGGCAGACUUGAAAACGCUGAAGAAAGCCAAAGAGUUAAUGGACGAAGCAAAAGCUAUUGCUAAAGAUCAAUCAGAGUCAGCAAAGAAAACCUUAAACGAAACAUUGGCUUUGAUCAUGAGCACUCUAGAGCUUCCUAUGGAUUGGCAAAGGGAGGAUGAAGUAAAGCCAGCGGUAUUGUUUCAGUAUCUGGAUAAAAUUAUUAAGCAGUGUAGCGAUGUUUUAGAGUCUGCUGACUCAUACAAAAAUGAAGUGGAAAUCGUCACUAGGGCCAGCGCUGGGAGAGCCCUUUGUGGAAUUUAUUACUCCAAAUACGAGCCUCCAAAGCCAGCUGGAAUUCCUUUGCUGCUAGUUCCAAUGACUAUGACGUUAAACAAUCCUAACAGUGCUCAAGAAGUAAAUUACAUGAAAUUCUCUGCAAAGGGCAUAGCUACAGACUACGUACAAACAGUAGAGUCAACAAGCACCAACAUUGGUUUUGGUGUGGCUGGUUUCGAGGAGUUUUUCAUUGGGGAAGUGAAAAAUGAAAACAGCCAUGAGUACGACAGUCACGUCUCUCAGUCUGCAAAAACCUCCAGCACCAGUGCAUCUGCCCUACAGUACACUCGCAUAGCCAAAAAAGUUUUCCGAAUCGAGCCACACCAGUUACGCCUUUCCUUGACUGCUGAGAAAAAGGCCAAGUCGAUUGUCCAGGAUAGAAACCCCAGAGCACUGGAGCGUGAAAAGUCUGCUCGCACCUUUAUGGAACGGUACGGAAGCCAUUUCCCAGCUGGGGUGCAGACUUUGGGCGGCGUGUUUUUUAAUAUUGCUGAUGCGGAAAGUAAAAGCACCAAAGAUGUAUUCAAGCUGACAGAGGCUGCCGUUGCAUUUCUUGGCGGAGCACUGAGGAUUGGAUUCAGUGGUACUGAAAAGCACACAAACAGUGAAGAAAACAGUGAAGAGAUAAAUACAGCCAUCCAGAAUGAGAGGUUUUCCCAUUCUGUAAGGUCUAUAGGACCCCUAGCAACAAAUCCGGCUACGUUCCAAAAGUUGCUUUCUUACAGCUCCACUUGGGCUUUGAUUGACCGUGGCCCUAGCACAAGUUAUAUACCUAUUUGGGAGUUAAUUGAAGAUCUUGGAAGUGAAUUCAGGGAAGCAGCUACAGCCCUCAAGGAAACGUGGCAUAAAGACGAAGUUGUAAGGCAGGAAAAGUGGGAAGCGAAAAAAAAACGAGAUGAAAUUGAACAAAGAAAUAAAGAAAGAAUACGGGCAGAAGCAAGAAAAGAUUUGGAGUGUAUCCGGGACAAGCAUCUUGCUGAAAAGGUGAGAACAAGUUGAACUGGAAAGCACCAGUGUACAAUUAGAAAAGAUAACCUUGAAUGUUGUAUACUUAUAAGGUGUACAAUGCAAUACUAUCUAACCCUAAUAUAACGUUACAGCACACCUGUUUCAAACAAACCGGUAACCAGUCUACAGCGACUGCUUACGAAUGUCAAUGAUAAAGACAGACCGAAAGACAGACAGAGGGCAGUGUGUAAAAUCAAAUGCUGCGAUUCCCAGGCCACUAACAUUGGUAAGACCGACAGAAACCUUAACAGGCGACUGGCCGAAGCUAGACGAGCGAACAAGUAAUGUUGAUGCCAACAAUCACGUUUCUGAACACCAUUUACAGGCAAACGAUCACAUCGACUGGGACUCAGUGAAAUGCAUUACCUUUUCUACAGACUACUACCAACGCCUCACUUUAGCAAGCUGGUUUACUGACUUAGAACAAACGCCCCUGAAUUGAAUUCGGCAGUUAGCGGAACCGUACAAACGACUUAUUGACGGACUUCAACAAAACUCACAACAAUAGAGGGACUGAAAAAAAAACAACGAUUUGACCAACAACAAAGAGAGUGUUAUGAUAUUGACAAAAGACGAAUCAAAACUCACCACUCACAUUUAGAGUCUUCAUCAUGCCAAUAACACCAUGGCUUAACUGACAGACGACCAAUAGCAAAGCGAAUUAAUUGACCAUUCAGGUCAAUACUGAGGGUUUUAUACCACUGACCUGAUGCAGCUCGCUUUGACCUUGAAGAUGAUUACCGCACAGUUUGUCGAAAUGUCAGUCACUUUUAAAAACAGUCCUAUUCAGGACUAUACACUCACCCAGACGAUCAUAUUCCACUUACUUAUGACAUGAGGUUCAAACCAUUCACCGAGUUUGUUUUUAUCAUCUAUAAGCUGGGUUUGUUGUAGAAGAAGAAACAUUAAUUUGUGCGUUGUCGGAAUGUUGACAUCGUCACACUUCUUUAGAGAUUGCUGUCUUAUAUUGCUAAAGCUGGUGGUGAUGUAAACGUGUGAUGAAGAAAUGGGGGAUUUUUGUUCGAGAUUCUUUAAGUUGAAGACCAACCUUUACGGCAGCCUUACGCACUUUUACGCGAUAGUGUAAAGGUGCGCAAAGGUUUGCCUCUGAACUUAACGAAACUUUAAGGAAUCAGGUAAAGUUUGGUAAAUUUCACUUUUCGUGCUGUGUACAAGAAACAGUUUGAAGUGGAGCUCUUGCGCGCGCGAAGCGGAGCACCAAUGGUAAGAAAAUAUGGUAGUCUAUGCUUCCAAGAAAUUUUGGUUCUGAGAAAAUCGUCCGUACGUCCACCCCAUUAUGUUAGCGGAUGCGAAAUGGCACACUUUAAUACUAUCUGUGUAAAACUUGGUAAUGGGCAUCCAUUUUGUGAUCAAUUGACAGCUAUUAAAAAAGGGUUUCCACUGACCAGUGUCACAUGACAGCAUCGCGGGCUCAGGUAUAAAACUCAUGCAAGUGAGUGAGUAACGCGACAUUUUCCUUACAUUAACCGUUUGGUAAAAUUUCCGCUUAACGAGAGAAAGCGCACUGUUCAACCACGUUUUCCGUGUGCUUGAAAACGUGAAGCAUACUAUGCGUGAAGUAAACAGCAUAUUUUCCUGGUGUUAAGGGAUUGUGAACGCCGAGUUCUCCUUGCGAAUUCCAUAAUAAGAAAACGGAUCCUGAACGUGGCAUUUUCAGUACAUUAACCGUAUGAUAAAAUUACCAGAAAAUAGAAGAUUUUUUGUCUUGUAGGUUUUAUCUGGUUUAUUUUAUUAGUCUCUAUUCCAUACGUCUCUCACAAAAGCAGACCCGGCCGUCUCUAAAAAGCAAUUAAACCGGCCACUAUCCUGUUUGGGGCGAUAUUAUGUUUCUUGUAGACCCUCAAUAGACUGCAAAACAGUCGGUUUUUUUCUCAAAAUCAGUAAAGAAAUCGGUAAAGCGUGGCGUAAGAGUCUUACGCGCGCGAAGCGUGUGAGGUGAGAGAAAAAAACCUGUAGUAUUUUUAGCGUCUCUCCCCAGUCUCGCUCUCUGUUUUCAGCCUCAUUCCAGACCUUUUGUUUGACUGCUCGCGCGUACUUGAAUACGCAAAAAUACGGACUGUUUUGCAGUCUACCCUCAAUGGCACUCUUAGGGUAAAGUAGGCUUCAUAUGCAUCACCCUAAUAACAUCUCUAGGGGCGGUGAAACUGAUAUUUAUGAAGUUUGGAUGUGUACAUUUAAGAAAUAUUGUAAACGAUAAUACUUAUUUGCAUGUAUAAAUGCGAUGAAUAACAAUAAUUGUUGUGUAUACAUCAGGGAAGCCGAAGGACCGAUUGCUUUAAAAUGCGCCAGAAGCGUCUCAACUGGUUUUCUCUUUAGUAACCUUUUUAGUUAAUGCUAAGCAAGUAGAAGGCUAGUUUUCUCAAAUAUUGAUAAGACACGGGUUCACUAAUUGUUUUGCUCCUGUUUACAGGGACCUGGUAUUAUAUCGGGAGGUUACUGUCCAAAAAAUGGUAAACUCAUCUUUGCUCAAGAUUGGAUGAAACGAGCUGAUGCUUAUGAAAAAGGAAUUGAGAUAAUCAUGCAGGACCCGCAUCACAACAUCUGUAAAAUAACUUACUGGGUACUUCAAGAUUAUUCAUUACAAUGCUGGAGAGUCUCGGAUGAUAAGCCCGCCGAUUUUGAAAAAAAAUUAGGAAGUUAUCGUUUGUUCUUCAGUGAGUUGCUUUUUAAAUGGAAGGACUUUAUUCCUAAUCGAGGCCUGCAUUAAGACCUUUAGUCUCUGUUACUAGAGAAGUGCACGUGGUUCGGGUGGCUAAGUGAAUUAGGGAGACGUAAGGCGAUUUCACCGUAUUUCGACAAACUCCAUAAUCAGUAAUAAAAGCAUGCACUGUAACAAUGACCUAGACAUACCAAGGAGCAAGCAAGGCUGUUGAAAAAAAAUGACUAAAAAUUUGCCCAAAUGGGCCUGUGCUAAAGCCGCGGCUACUUGAUAGUGUAAUGUUGACGAACUAGGUUAAGUGAUCAACCUUUUUUCGCUUUUUAGUUAAGGGUGAGCUGGUAAUUUACUAGAAUGUUUUAUAAGCUAAAUACGUAAGUACAAAAAAAACGUAAAGUCCGUAGAAUUGCUGUACAGCCAUCGUUUUUGUUAAGAAUAUCACCGCGUACAAACCCAAUUAUUUAGAAUAAAGGCAAUCUUUGUAUCCUCUUAAUUUUGUGAAGCUCCUUUUUUAUCGCGCUCGUUUGUUGUAUUUGCCUUAUUUCAAUCUAAUUACUACAUGUAUAAGAAUGUCAGCUACUCAUUUAAAGAGUUAAUCAGUUACUGAGAGAUUCACAAAUAUUGAGCAAAGUGGCUGCAUAAUGGCUAUUGUUCUCGGGACAUUUUACUUCCAG